AUGAAGGAAAAGUCCAAGAAUGCUGCGAAGACUAGAAGGGAAAAAGAAAAUGGAGAAUUCUACGAACUGGCCAAGUUGCUGCCUCUGCCUUCAGCGAUCACCUCCCAGCUGGACAAGGCCUCCAUCAUCCGCCUCACCACCAGCUACCUGAAAAUGCGGGCUGUCUUCCCAGAAGGUUUGGGCGACGCCUGGGGCCAGCCGAGCAGAAUAGGGCCCUUGGAUAACGUGGCCAAAGAGCUCGGAUCUCAUUUGCUUCAGACAUUGGAUGGAUUUGUUUUUGUGGUAGCAUCUGAUGGCAAAAUAAUGUAUAUCUCUGAAACUGCAUCUGUUCAUCUCGGUUUAUCCCAGGUGGAGCUUACUGGCAAUAGCAUUUAUGAGUAUAUACAUCCUUCUGACCAUGAUGAGAUGACAGCAGUGCUUACAGCACAUCAGCCUCUUCAUCCUCACCUCUUACAAGAGUAUGAAAUAGAGAGAUCAUUUUUUCUCCGGAUGAAGUGUGUCUUGGCCAAGAGGAAUGCAGGCUUGACAUGUAGCGGCUACAAGGUGAUCCACUGCAGUGGCUAUUUGAAGAUACGUCAGUAUAUGCUGGACACGUCCUUGUAUGAUUCCUGUUACCAAAUUGUAGGACUGGUGGCUGUGGGUCAAUCUUUACCUCCCAGUGCAAUCACUGAGAUCAAGCUUCACAGUAACAUGUUCAUGUUCAGAGCAAGUCUGGACUUAAAACUUAUAUUCCUAGAUUCCAGGGUGACCGAUUUAACUGGAUAUGAGCCCCAAGACUUGAUUGAGAAGACCCUUUACCACCAUGUCCAUGGCUGCGAUGUCUUCCAUUUACGAUACGCUCACCAUCUCUUGUUGGUGAAAGGCCAAGUCACAACCAAGUACUAUCGACUACUGUCCAAGCACGGAGGCUGGGUUUGGGUACAGAGCUAUGCUACCAUUGUGCAUAACAGCCGUUCGUCUCGGCCUCACUGCAUAGUGAGUGUCAAUUAUGUCCUUACAGAUAUUGAGUACAAGGAACUUCAAUUAUCGCUGGACCAGGUUACCAUUUCUAAGUCACAGUUUUCUUGCAGAAACUCAGUGUCUACCUCACAAGAAACAAGGAGAGUAGCAAAACCCAAAAGUAAUAAAAUGAAGGCAAAACUCAGAAUGACUCCUUACCCACAACAGCAAUACAGCUCAUUCCAAACAGACAAACUGGAAUGUGGCCAGGUUGGAAGCUGGAGAUCCAGCCCUACAGUGAAUGCUGGCACCAUCCAAGAACAGAACUUCCAUUCAGAAAACAGUGAACUUUUAUAUGCCCCCUCAUAUAGUUUGCCUUUCUCUUACCAUUAUGGACACUUCCCUGUUGAUUCUCAUGUCUUCAGUAGCAAAAAACAAAUGCUGACUUCUAAAUUUGGGCAGUCUCAAGGAUCACCUUGUGAAAUGGCUCGUUUUUUCUUGAGUACAUUGCAGACAAGUGGGGAGCGCCAAUGGCAUUAUGCCAACUCUUUAGUACCUACCAGCCAGUUGCCAUCCAAAAAUCUUCCCGAUCAACCAAUAAAUAUUGCACGUCAUAAUCUUGCACAGAGUUAUGAAGUGCCCAUACCAAACAGAAGAAACAGCCAAGAUGCUACAUCUGACAUCUUUACAAGUUGUGCAACAUCCAUGCCAAAUGGCAGAUACAAAGAAGAGCUUUACAACUCCAGCAUCAUGAAACCCAACAAAAUAGAAAGCAGGAUACAUCCAUCUCAUCAUCUCAUUAAAGAAGAAAACAAGUUAGCUUUCAGCAGAGACCUACAAGAAAAAGUGUGUGUUAAUGAAAAGUCUUUUUCAAACUCCAUAGCUAAUUCCUUGUUGCCAAAAUCAGAAUGUUUUCAGGCUAAAGCUAUUGGACAAUUAAGUCAUCUCCUGCCAGUGCCAACAGUAUAUGAACAAACAAGGAGAGUGUGUAUGAAAGAACCAAAAUAUGGGCAUAUCAGCCAUCAUGCUAUGAACCUGGAUGAACUAGACAAUGAUGACAGAAUGACAGUAAAGCUUGACCAUGACUCUGAAAAUGAACACAUGAUGGAUACAAGAACUACUGGACAAGUCCCAUUUGUAUUUCUGAACUAUCACCAUGUUUUAGCCAAACACGGUACAUUUCAAACCUCAUCAUGUACAGCGACAGGACAUGUAGCAGAAAACUAUGGGUACACUUCUGAAGAGGUAAAUACAUUUAUUUAUAAAAACCAAAGUCCAUCAUCAGCCUCUUCUCCAGAAACCCACAAGGAGACUGCACUACCCCAUUAUAUCGGAACUUCUGUAAUAAUAGCCAAUGGGAGGUGACUAUAAUAGAAAUGUAUUUCUUAAUUAAACCCAAACCCAAACUGUAAUAAUGUCUAAAAAGCAUGAGAAAACAUGGUUACAUUUACUGAGCAUAGCAGGUCAAUGAGGGACAAACUUGUAUGUGUUCUUGGCAAGUAAUGUGUAAUAGUACCUUUAAGGUCAGAAAAACACACAUCUAGCUUCAGUGCUUCAUUGUUACAGAUUAAUGUCUGGUGUAGACUCUGCCAGUAAGCAGCCAUAUAAAGAUCAUAUUUUUGUUGUUUUACAGUAUGUAACAAAAUUAAAGGGUAAGUGUUAUAUGCCUAGAAUUAUACAGAGGCAACUCCUUUCUUUUUUUUAAAAACUAGGACUCCAAAAUAUAUUCAAGAUUUUUACCAUUAAUAUGAACCAUAAAAUUUAGUUUAAAUGUUAUCUGACAAACACUGUGAAAUAUUAGAGCAAUUUUCAACCCAUGUUGUAAACAACCUGACAAAUGAACUUUGUUUAAAAAAUGGUAAUGAAUCCUAAGUAUUCAUGACAUAAUUGCAUGAACUAAUCACAAAUCACAUUGUCUUGGAAUGCUUAUUAUUUGAAUAGUCCAAAACAUAGUUUGAUAAUUCUAGCUUUAUGAUAUAUUUUAACACAGAGUCAGGAAUUCAUACCUUGGUGCUAUCACAGUGUAUUCUAGAGGGAUGAUAAAAUGUCAAACUAGACGACACAGCUACAUAUUAAAAAGUCUUGUCAUAGCAAGAUUGGCACAAUAUGAGAUCGCACUGCAAGGACUGAAAAUUACUCCCAAUAAAAAAAAUGCUGUGAUAAGAAAUAACUUUUUGAAGUGUGUGCAACUGGAUAUACUGGGAGAAGAUUGUGCACUUUUUCAAAGAAACUAUUCAAACGACCAUCCUGAUAGGAACAUUAGAAAUUUCUUAUUAUAGACAGGAAAGGAAAUAGUGAAAAGAAUUCAGUGAAACUUUACAAGCUUGGUUCAAAAACAUGUCAGCAGUUUCUAAAGUUUUGAAAAAGUUCAGAUUUUAGCAAAGUUGAAUUCUCCUUUUCGACUCAAAGUCAAGAUUCAGGUUUCACAGAUUCUCUCUCAGCACAAAAAACUCUGACAGACAGUUUGGACACAAGAAACCACUGCAAGUUACAAAAAGCAGUUUGAGUACAUUUGUGUUAGAUAGAGCUGAAAAUUUCACACUGCUCUCAUGGUUAGGUACAGUAAACUGUGUCCAGGAAAAAGCAUUUCAGAUAGCAGAAAAGCCCUCUACUUAGUUUUAUUCAAUAUUUCCAAUAAAGUACCAAUUAGUUAUUUUCGCCUGUCCCUAUGGUGUACAAAUCAGGACAUAAGGAGACAUACAUAUUUACAAUAGAACCUCAUUGUAACUCUGGUGUUUGUAACAAACUGCCUAGUCAACCACCCCAUCUCAUUUGGAACUGGAAGUACACAAUCAGUGAACACUAGAGACCCCCCCUUCAAAAAAGUAAAUACAAUACUGUACUGUGUUGAACAUAAACAACAAAAAAAGGAAAGGGAAAGCAGCAUUUUUCUUCCACAUAGCAAAGUUGCA